AUGACAUCGCGGCCAGACAACCCACCCACUACCACGGCCAGCCAAGAUCUGCUCAUCGACUGCCUCGACAUUGUUGCCACUCAAGGUGCCUACCUCGUUCCUCGCGCGGGUACACCAGUAUCCCAGGAAGCCUACGAUGGCCAAUUCGCUACCGCACUUAAACAGCACCUCGAUGCGGUUAUCACCGAACAGAUAUGUAGAAGUGUUAUGUAUCAUGGCGCCGCCGACGAAUGGCCUAUGGGGCACACACCACCGGAGUAUAAAGAGAAGCGCAAGGCCGAGUUGAAGGCGCAUGAAGAGCUCGAGGGGGCCACCUCUGACGAUGGCAGCGACAACGACGACGACGACAAAGACAAAGGCGGUAAUGAUAUUGACGCCAGAGUCGGUCCGGGGAAACCAGUGGCAGCACCAGACCGGCCCCAGAGGCCGCGGAGGCCACGCCAAGCAGACUGGCUCCCAACACCACCGCUGUCCGCCGAAAGCCCUCUGGCCACACCAUAUAGGAGGAAGCGGCGGAGGAUGUCCGAGGAAGAUGAGGAGGAGAAAGAGCGCCCCGCUAAGAAGCACGUCAGCUUUGCCCAAGAAGUCUCCGCCGCUGCAGAAGAUGCUGUGCCCAACACAGCACGGCAGAAGAGCCGGAAGCGGCGACGGACUCUCGACGUAGGCGAUGAAGAGGAGGGGGACAAGAAGCGGCCGAGUAAGGUGCGAGUCACCACCACUCGCCCCAGCAGCGUAUGGCUGCAGAGACUACGACCACGGCCAAGAUGA